CAGUUUUUUUUGGCUUUCAACGCGUGAGGAGCCUUGCCAGCACCGCAGCAGCAGCACUAGCAGCACCGCACCGCACCGCCCCGCACCGUAACAAUUGCCGCCAAUCAAUUAAGUUCCGUUUAGUGAUGCAAACACCGAAACUACUCGUAUGCUAUAGCAGAGGCCGUAGUUAAACAAUCUCGAAGGGCGCCACGCAAGAAACAAAUGAAAGGCAUAAAUGCAGUGAAGUGAAACAAACAAAAAGUAAAAAGUAAUAAUCAAGUGAAAGAAACAAAACCAACACAAACCAACAGAAACAAACAACGAAAAGCAUGUGAACAACAACAACAAAAAACAGCACAGUUUUAUGCUCGAAAAAGAAUUUACGUGGCAGUUUAUUUCGUCGCAGCUGAGAUGCCAAUUGAUUUUGAUUUUUGCAAAUUUUAACAAGACAUUUAUAUGAUUUGAUAUCGCGACGAAGGAGGAAUUCGCAUACGAAUUACAGCACAAUUUUUGAGCAAAAAUUCAGUGGACCGGACCGCAACGCACCGCACUGGUCGCACGGGGACGGGGCAAGGUCAUAUCGAUUGUCAUCAGCUACUGUCAUUGCCACACACACACACACACCCAUACAGAGGCACACACGAGUCGCACAGAAUGGCUAGCCUGCUGCACAAGCCUGGGAGGUGCUUGCACCAUAUGCUUAUAAUAUAUGCACUAAUAUUUGUAUCCAGUGCAACGACACUCGACCUUCCACCGUUGCCGGAUCUAUGCGACUCAAUUAAAUGUCCGCCCGAGUCGGAUAUGCAGUGCCCGGCGGAUAGCUCCGUACGCGAGACACUAAAUGCCGUGGACCUCAUUAAAUGGAAUGCGGUCGACACUGCCAUCCACCCAGGAGCAGGGCCAGGGGCAGGAGCAGGAGCGGGAGCAGGGGGAGGAGCAGGAGUUGGAGCCACAGCCGUUGCCGUAACCGCUGUAACCGCAGCGGAGUCACAGAUGUCGUACAACACGAGCCUCAUACCCGACGAGGCCUACGCCCAGUGCUGCCUGUCGAAGAAGUGUGUGUGCCGGACGUGCUACAUACCGGACUGCGACACGGCUGCGGGGGAGGUGGUGGUGGAGGUGCUGCCGGAGGCGAUGGACACGCCGGGCCAGUGCUGCGGGGAGUACCAGUGCCGGAAGGAGCCCAACUGCACGGAGGUGCGGGAGACGGACUUCUACUGGCUGCAGCAGUGCCAGCGCUGUCAGUGCACCUCGGGGGCACGCAUCUGUCGCCAGAGCUGCGACGAGGCCGACGCCGAGAAGGUCGAAUCGAAUGCCAUUUGCGAGUCGAAGAACCUCAACGAGUACUUCAAGGACGGCGACACCUGGCGGGACGAGUGCCUCGAGUGCGAGUGCGUCCGGGGGGAGCAGAAGUGCACGAUAUCCUCCUGUGGGAAUGUCGACUGCCCCAUCGAACGGCAUGUCUACCUCAGGGACACCUGUUGUCCCGUAUGCUGGCCCGAGGGCCAUCCCAUGCCACAUGAAAAGCAGAAAGACGAUGCGGAUGCGGAUGUAGAUGUAGAUGCAGAUGCGGAGGGAGGUGGCGAUUACAAGGAGGACGAUUCCAUCGAGGAGAUAGAGGAACAGCCUGUUCCGCCGCUGCUCCCCGAGACCACGCAGCGGACCACAAGUUCGGUUAGUGCGGAGCUUCUGGCCAGCACCACCACCAGCACCACAACGACAACAACAGCAGCCCCAUCCACAUCAUCCACAGCUGCCACAGCGGCCUCGCAGCAGCCAUGCUGCCUGUGCUCCUACGAGCUGGAGCCCAAAAUGGUGGAGGUUGUGGGCGAGAACAAUGACUUCUCCUUCUGGCUGAUGGCCUUCUUUGUGGUGCUCCUGCUGUUCGUCUGCCUGAUGCUCAGCUCUUACAUUCAGCACUUGCGUGCCAAGAAACGUUCCUACGAUCCGGUCUCCACUCUGGAUCAUAGCAUCUAAACGAACAGAACACUAAACUAAACUAAAAACUAAACUAAACUAAACCUUAUUUCCGAGCACAAUUUUUUUUUUUUUUUUCAUUUGCUUGUAGGAAUUUGAUUAUAAGGAUCAGACUAUGCUUUAUUUCUUU